UGCAUGUGGGUGCAGUGCUUGUGGAAGUUUGAAGAGGGCGUCAGAUCCGCUGGAGCUGCAGUUACAGGCCACCCAACGUUGGUACUGGGAACUGAACUCGGGUGCUCUGCAACGCAGCAAGCACACUAAACCGCUGAGCCGUCUCUCCAGCCCCUGUUCGUUAUUUUUCUGGUUCUUCUUCGUUAUUUUCUGGCUUACCCCUACAUUUUCCAAAACUCCAAUGUCCCUCUCGUGGAACGCCCGGCUCCUGGAUGUGAUUCUACUGUCUAAUGCCAGCGCUGAAGUGUCGGUAGAGCUGAGUUGGGGGUGCCUUGGGGGGGGGGGGGUCAGUAACUGUCGACCAAUUCUUAUGCGCUUCCACCAGGGGGCGCAAGGACUCGGUGACCACUCACUAUGUCCACGCGGAGGCGCUGCAGCCCACUCCGGCUGCCUGGGGCUGGGAAGAGCGACCCGUAAAUUAGCCCCGCCUGAUUGGGAGAGGCAACGUGAAAUAUUUGCAUACUCUUGAAAGGGCCGUUCUAAGUGGUUAGAGCAUAGAAACCCAAUGUGAAACGGUGCCUCUCAUUGGCUUAAUUUUCUCCCUCGGUUUGCUGGCCCCCCGCAUCCCAGUCACACUGGACCCGGAGGUCAGUCGGAAGCCACUAGCUAAGUGGACCCAGUGUCUCCAUAGUGGGCGCCGCGGGGUGAGUGCCGGGCCGGGGCGCGGGGUCCUGGAUGGGAGGCAGUUGGCCCCGCCCUGACUCCUGGCUCGCCGAUUCGCCUGCUCAGGAAUUGGAAAUAGGCACCUAAAGCAUCUGGGGACGUGUCUGGCGCUGAGACCCUUGCCACCACCUGCCUCUCUGCCCACCCACAGCCACGCUGGUGGGCCUGGCCUCCCUGACCCCGCUUACGCUGCCUUGAGGUAGGAGGAGCCUCCCCUCAGCUGCAACUUCUAGUCUCCUCCGUGGCGCUUAGGUUUCAGGGCUUAGUUUGCCCCUCUGGGAAGUGGACCAGUGACUUAGAGUGCCACCGUGGACCGUGAGGCCUGAUCACACUGACACUCGCUCUUGCAGAGUCUCUCCAAAGUAGGGUCCUAGGGCUUGGAGCAGCAUGGGCACCGAGAAGGAAGAGCCUGACUGCCAGAAACAGUUCCAGGCAGCCGUCAGCGUCAUUCAGAACCUGCCUAAGAACGGCUCUUACCGCCCCUCCUAUGAAGAGAUGCUGAGAUUCUACAGCUACUACAAGCAGGCUACCAUGGGGCCCUGCAUGGUUCCCCGGCCUGGGUUCUGGGACCCUAUUGGACGAUACAAGUGGGAUGCCUGGAACAGCCUGGGCAAGAUGAGCAGAGAGGAGGCCAUGUCCGCCUACAUCACUGAGAUGAAGCUAGUGGCACAGAAGGUAGAGAGGGAUGUCCGGAAGGGUGCCCUGUCCCUCACUCUUUCAGGUUGGACAGAGCCAGUACCAAAUAGAGAUGACGAGACUGUUCCAGAGCCUCCUCCUAGCCACCCCAAGGAGCCAAUACCUGAAAGGCCGGAGUCCCAGCCACCCAGAGACUUGGACCUGGAGGUUUUCUGUGAUUCCCUGGAGCAGCUGGAGCCAGAGUUGGUGAAACCAUCCCUCUUGUCCCUUGUUCCCCCUGUGCCGGAGUUGCCCCACCUCUACCCUGGGACCCGGGACUCAUCUCAGCAGGUUUGGGCAGAGCAGAGGGGAGCAGUUGGCAGACAGCAGGACACCAGAAGCAGCCCUGAGUCCCCCAGUGAGAAAGAUGGGUUAGAGGACAGCCUGAUGGGACCCCAGGAGUUGGACAGGUGGCUGGUGGGGACGGUUCAGGCCAUGCAGGAAAGCAUGCGGGAUGUCCAGAGGAGACUAAGAAGCCUGGAGAGCAAGCCCCAGCUACAUGAGCAGCAGAGGCCACCCAGGACCCGGCCUUGGCCCCUCAGGCUCUCAGCUCCCACGGUGCUCUUCUUUCUCCUGUGGCCCUUCAUUGUCCAGUGGCUCUUCCAGCAGUUUCGAACCCAGAAGAGGUGACUCAGGAAAAGAGGUCCCUCCAACAACUGAGGAGGCUGUGAGUUCCCGCACGUCUGGCUGUGCCCUGAGCCUCCCUAGGUUUAGGGAGAACAGCACUUGCAAUCACCUCCUCAUCCACCCUGGCACUACCUCCCCAAAUGGGGGUCCCAUAAGACCACCUCCACUUCCCGCACCGACGCCCGCGGUCCCCAGGCCGUCCCGAUUGGCUGCAGGACGGUGCACAACCUGCCUCUGGGGCUGGGGAGGAGCACUCCUCCGCUCCCACCCUCUGGGUCACCUGAUUCUCAUUCCUCCGAGACUGCUCCCAGCGCUCUUGGGCAAGUUGGAACUUGGACCCGGCCUGAAGACUGAUUGGCUGGGAGGCUAGGCUGCAAGAGAGGACGGAGAAUGGAGGAGUGGGAUGGAAUGGGAAGAGUGGCCCGGCUGGGGGCUGCAUGGCCCCGGUACACAGACAGGCACGCGUACACACCGCGCUCUGGACUUCACUGAAGAUUCACGUGCAAAUGAACGUUGCAUUAAAUAAAGGAAAACUUCAAUCUGC